AUGGAAGUACCAGUUGAACAACCCACAACAACUACAACUACCCCUACAACCAGGGCAUUAACAACUUCAUUAGCUAGGACAACUACACCAGCUAGGACAACUACAACCUCCCCUGCUAUGACAACUACAACUACCCCAGUUAGGACAAUUAACCACACAGCUAGGACAACUACAACUACCCCAGUUACGACAACUACCCCCACAGCCAGGACAACUACAACUACCACAUCACUCAGGACAACUACAACUAUCACCGCUAGGACAACUACAACAACCAUAGCUUGGACAACAACACAACCAGCACUAGAAUUAGGUAGUUAUAUUUCUAUCCCCUACCAGGGAGAGACAUCACUAUCAAGAGUAGAAUUGUACACCUUAACACCAUCACCAGUAACACCCGCAGUGCCUGAUCCAAUAACAGCCGAAUCUCUUGAUGAUACUCCACCAAUCAUACAAGUAUCUUCUCCAAUUGCUAGAAGGACAAGGUCCAAAAAGAAAUUACAGUUUGAGGAGGAAGUUAAAAUGGAUAUAUUUACAGAAAUGGCAUUAACAACUUCAUUAGCUAGGACAACUACACCAGCUAGGACAACUACAACCUCCCCUGCUAUGACAACUACAACUACCCCAGUUAGGACAACUAACCACACAGCUAGGACAACUACAACUACCCCAGUUACGACAACUACCCCCACAGCCAGGACAACUACAACUACCACAUCACUCAGGACAACUACAACUAUCACCGCUAGGACAACUACAACAACCAUAGCUUGGACAACAACACAACCAGCACUAGAAUUAGGUAGUUAUAUUUCUAUCCCCUACCAGGGAGAGACAUCACUAUCAAGAGUAGAAUUGUACACCUUAACACCAUCACCAGUAACACCCGCAGUGCCUGAUCCAAUAACAGCCGAAUCUCUUGAUGAUACUCCACCAAUCAUACAAGUAUCUUCUCCAAUUGCUAGAAGGACAAGGUCCAAAAAGAAAUUACAGUUUGAGGAGGAAGUUAAAAUGGAUAUAUUUACAGAAAUAACGACAAGAGUAAAACUGGAUCCCGGAGUCAUAGUUAAUCAUAGAAAUGAAAUACAAAAAACACCAGCCCAAUACAUGAUCACCCGAAGCCAUGUUAUACAAAAUGUAAUUCCUACUGGAUCAACGGAGUUCUUCUGGGAUGCAAUGUUUCCACGAUCUCUGCCAUCUAAAGUUGUAAUUGGUUUGAUUUCCCAGAAAGCUGCAAAUGGUGAUUACACUGCUAAUCCAUUUAAUUUUCAACAUUUCAACAUGACUAAUGUUACUAUGAAGGUCAAUGGAGUGGAGAUUUAUGGGUCACCACUCAGCCUAGAUUUCGGAGAUAACAGAAACUAUACGGCAGCCUACAAGACAAUAGCAAUAGUGAUGUCAGAAAACUGUGAUUGUAUUAUCCAUCUGGUAGACUUCAAUGAGCCACCUACUGUAGCAAACAUGUUUAACAGAGAGUGUAGCUGGAGAUGCAAAAAUGAGACAUGUGAACAGAAGAAAGACCUGGGAAAUUACUUAGAGAAAAUGGAUGUAUUCAUGACAGUAUUCUGGACAGUGUCGGGACUAUUUGUUGCCUACAUUUCACCGGUUGUAGGCAAGAUGAUUUGCCAAAGUAGACAACAGAAACAGCCGUAUUUACCCAUAACAAGAUCGCAACAGGAUUCGACAGUGACAACUCAAAUACCAACACUAUAUAUCACUCCAUCAUUUGAAAUACCCACCAUCAUUCCCGUUCCAGAAAUAUCCACCCCCAAAGACCAACAGUACCUAGAAUGA